AAGCUCUUGGGUCAUGACUGCACUUAAGAAACAGGAUAAUCUUGGAUAUGCCUUUUCAGAUGAAGUGGAAGUUGCUUCUGACCACAAACAAACAAGGCAUAUAAGGAUUUCAGAGCACCAUCGAAUCUGUCUUCAUAUGGAUGCAUAGACUCUCUCUCUCUCUCUCUCUCUCUCUCGCUCAAGGAGAACUACAGUUGCUAUCAUUUUCCUUGGUCCCGGAGAGCGAGCCAGUGAGGGAGCAGGAAGAAUGGGGAAGAUGGUGGUCGCGGUGAUGGCCUGGUGCACGCGGGGUUGCUUUUCUUCUCUCUCUAUCUCUCUCCACACAUUCCAUGCCAUAAACGGCCCCCUUUGCACGCCUGCGCCCAUGAAAUUCCUCCCCACCCUCUUCUCUUCUCAUCUUUUCAUACUUCUGUCAGACCACCAAUCCCGUUUAUAAAUUCCCCCCAUAACCCAUUUCUCACUGUCUCUACAUACAGCAGACACCAACAUUCACUCUGUAAUGGAAAAAGAACUUAAAAAAAGAAGAGAUUCGAGUCUCCUUAUCGAUUGUAUCAUGCAAACCCAUCAUAGAUUCUCGUCCACCAUCAUUCCCUUCAUAAAAUAAAAGGAAAAGUUUAAGAAGAAAUCCUGCUCUCUCUCUCUCUCUCUCUCUCUCUCUCAUGACUUGCAUGGAAAAAUCCCUACCACCAUAGGAGACCCAUUAUAGAUUCUUGUCCACCAUCAUUCACCUCCACCUCAUAAAACCUCACUCUUAUAGAGGAGAGAAAGAGAAAGGGCAUGCACGUCAAGCGUCGUACAAGCCAGCCUGCAUGGAUACUCUCUUUAGGUUAGUCUCCUUCCCUACAGAGCCGCAAACAUCCUUCACCACCACCACCACCACCACCACCAACAGCGGCGCCACCACCAACACCACCAUCUCCUCCUUCCACCAAGAAUGCUGCAACCCACCUUUCAUGGAUGACGAUGAUGCCGAUUUCUCCUCCCCUUCCUCCUCCAACAAGCAUUUUCUUCCCUACCAGACUGACUCCCAUCAGGUGUUCGACCCCAUUCCCACUGACUACCACCCGCCGAUCCCCCACGAGUUUACCUCCUCCACGCACCCACCUCCCAACUGGGCGGCCACCCUUCUGGCCGACUGCGCACAGGCCGUCGCCGUCAACGACUCGGCCCGCAUCCAGCAACUCCUGUGGUUGCUCAACGAGCUCUCGUCCCCUUACGGCGAUACCGACCAGAAGCUGGCCGCCUACUUCCUCCAGGCUUUGUUCGCUCGAAUCACGGGCUCCGGUCAGCGGACCCACCGCACCCUGUGCGCCGCCGCCGAGAAGGGCCUGUCGUUCGAGUCGACCCGCCGGACCAUGCUCAAGUUCCAGGAGGCCAGUCCCUGGGUGACGUUCGGCCACGCCGCGGCCAACGGCGCCAUCCUGGAGGCCUUCGACGGCGAGCCCAGGCUCCAUAUCGUCGAUAUCAGCACCACCCAUUGUACGCAGUGGCCUACCUUGCUGGAGGCCCUCGCCACGAGGUCCGACGACACCCCGCACCUCCGCCUCACCACCCUCGUCCUCGCCGACGCCGCCGGAGGCUCGGCAACGAACGUGAUGAGAGAGAUAUCGCAGCGCAUCGAGAAGUUCGCUCGCCUCAUGGGCGUCCCGUUUAAGUUCUCGGUGGUGUACUGCGGGGAGGGCGGGCUCAGCGAGGACGUGCUCAGCCGAGUCGAGAUCGAGCACGGCGAGGCCGUCGCCGUCAACUGCGUCGGGGCGCUCCGGCGGGUGCCGCCGGGACCAGGGCGCGACGCACUCAUCGCUGGGUUCAGGCGGCUCGGGCCGAAGAUCGUGACGGUCGUCGAGGAGGAAGCCGACUUCUUCGGGAGCGAGGAGGGGCAGUUCAUGGCAGCGUUCCUGGAGUGCGCCCGUUUCUUCUCCACCUACCUGGAGUCUCUGGAUGGGAGCUUCCCGAGGACGAGCAACGAGCGGCUAGCGCUCGAGCGCGCGGCUGGGAGGGCGAUCGUCGACGUCGUGUCGUGCCCCGCCUCAGAGUCAGCCGAGCGGAGGGAGCGCGGCGUCGGCUGGACGAGGCGGCUGGGCUGCGCCGGGUUUUCGCCUGCGGCCUUCAGCGACGAGGUGUCCGACGACGUCCGGGCGCUGCUUAGGCGGUAUAAGGAUGGGUGGUCGAUGGUGCCUGCAGGAGAUUCUCCCGGAAUAUUCCUGGCGUGGAAAGAACGUCCGGUUGUAUGGGCGUCGGCGUGGAAGCCAUGAGGGCAAGCCGCGCGAUAAAGGCAGCCGAGAGAUUUGGCUCGGGUUGGGUCCGAAAUGGAGAUCAGAGGAAAACAACCAGACCCGACCGACCCGUUUACCUUUGUCAUAAUGAUGGAAACAUGAGAGAGAGAGAGAGAGAGAGAGAGAGAGAAGAAAAGAAAAGAAAAGAAAGAAGAUGAGAUAACAAAAGGAGUGGUUCAAUUUGAUUUGAAGUUUAUUUUUCUUAGUUUUUUUUUUUUUUUUAAAAGGGAGGAUGGUGAAUUAGGGACAAAGAGAGAGAUCAUGAUUGCUUUUAGUGUGAUUAUGCUUUUGAUGA